AUGUGCAAAGUGACUGUUAAAUAUUAUCCAUUUGAUGUACAAACAUGCGAAUUGAUUUAUCACGCUGCCGGUGAAAACAAAGACACCGUGCUUCUAAAUGUACCACAUGUCACUCAUUACUUUAACCAUUUGGAAAACUCGGAAUGGCGUGUUGUUAAAACUACUGCAAAAGUUAUAGAUCCAUUCAAUACGAAUGUCGUCUUCAUCGUAGUCACUGUACAGCGAAGAGCAGAAUUUACAGUGUAUACAAUGAUUAUUCCUCUAGCAACACUUGCCUUGCUAAAUGUCUUCACGUUUCUUGUACCAAUUGAGUCAGGAGAGAAGGGAUCAUUGUCUAUCACUCUGUUCCUCGCAUAUGGUUUCUUUGCCACAAUCACGAGAGAAUCCCUUCCCCACAACUCCAUUCAAGUCUCGUACUACAUUGUCUACGUCACUACCCUCCUCAUAUUUAGCGUCUUCACCGUUAUCUAUGUCAUUAUAGAAGCUAAGAUCAACUCUAGCAUAGGUUCAAACGAGAUAAACAUCUGUAAAAUAAAAUCAAAUCAAGUGAAAAGCGUUGACGCUAUGUCGAAAACAAAUGAUGAAUAUGAACUUGAAAACAUGCCACAAAUGGACAAGACCUUGACAUGGAAUGAGCUUCUUAAGAAAAUGGAUAUUGUUAUGUUCUUGUUAAGCAUUUUUGCUAUGAGCAUUUACAGUACAGUGUUAUGGGCAUACGUAUAUAAGAAAAGCAAAAUAUAA